AACAUACAACAAGUCAACUUCAUCUGUCUAUCUGUUGCUUUGAUUUGCUGUCUACUCCAGUUCAGUUCUUACUCCUAUUCAGUGUGAAUAUAUUCCUAUUUCAUCCCUCCAUUUUCCUCAGACUUUAAUCUCAUCACACUCAUUCACUUAUCCCCCUCACUUGAUUUACACCAAUUUCAUCUACAAAUCACAUACAAUACAUACAUUCAUACUAAUAUGACUAUAUCGAUAUCUAAUUUCACUAGUGAUCCUUUCGCUAUAGCCACCAUCUCAUUCGGUGUGUUGGCUUGGAUAGUAAGCAUAGCAGGUGCAGGUGCUUCUGAUCAAAGUUCGUUUCCUCAUUUUGCUUGGUGGGGAAUUGUUUAUGAAAUAUUAAUUAUAAUCUUAAUAUUCUUAUUAUAUUUAAAUAAUAAUAUUGAAUUAUAUAAAUUCACUUUAGUUGGGCUUGUGGCCGUAGCAUUUGUUUAUACAACUAACUCCACCAAUAAUUUAAUUUAUGAUUCUUCAAGUAGUGGGAAUUUAGCUUGUGCAGCAGGUAAUAUUCUUUUAUCAAUUUUAAAUUUAAUUUGGAUUCUUUAUUUUGGAGGUCAUCCUGAAUCUCCAACUAAUCAAUUCAUUGAUUCUUUCAGUUUAAAAAAUCAUCAUCAUUCUCAUGGACAUAUUCGUAAUUCAUCAAAUAAUCGUCAUAAUAGUAUUGCCAUUGAUAAAUUAGAUGUCGAUGAUGAAGAUCAUACUCAUGAUGAUGAUCAAUUCAAUCAUCAAUCUCCUUUCAAUAGUAAAACCAAUGAAGUAAGACAAUCUCAAUUAACCAAUAAUGCCAAUGGAUCAACUAAACUUGUGUCAUCAUCUCAAUUAAAUGGUUUGGAAAAUUUCUCAUCCUCAGAUGUUAAUCAUCAACGUGAUUUAACCAACAAUAAUAAUAAUAAUGAAAAGAGACAAACUGUAUUCAAUGAUCAAACAAGUCAAACCAAUUUAGCUUUAACCUUUAGAUAUAAAGCUAAAGCAUUAUAUGGUUAUGAUGCCAAUCCAGAUGAUAUUAAUGAAAUUUCAUUUGUUAAAGAUGAAAUCUUAGAAGUGGAUGAUAUCGAUGGUAAAUGGUGGCAAGCAAGAAGAUCAAAUGGUCAAAUUGGUAUUUGUCCUUCAAAUUAUGUUAAAUUGAUAACUUAGGUUUGGUUGGUUGGUUGUUAUUGUUAUUAUAUUAUUGUUAUUGUUCUUUUUAAAACUUUUGUUGUUUUCCUUCCUUCCUUCCUUCCUUGCUUACUUCCUUUCUUUUAUAUCUUAUGUAGUUUUAUACCCACACAUCCUUUUCCGUACCCUAUUACAUACUUUCCGGAUUAUAAUAUAAAUUCAUUUUAUAUUUA